AUCGUGGGCCCCUGGGGGAACUGGUUCAGCUCUGCAGGUUCGGACCCCCGGGGACCCGAAAGGCCUAAGUUGAGGAGACCGGAGGCCGAUAUGGAGCUCGUUCUAUCCUUCUCCAGGUGAGGCGCAGAAGAGAAGGAAACAAUGCAUGCUGAACUUAUACAAGCAGUUUUCAGGGGGUCAGUGAUGUUCAGGGAUGUGUCUAUAAACUUCUCUCAGGAGGAAUGGGAGUGCCUGGACUCUGGUCAGAUGAAUUUAUACAAAGAAGUGAUGUUGGAGAAUUUCAGCAACCUGGUUUCAGUGGGACUUUCCAGUUCUAAGCCAACUGUGAUCUCCUUAUUGGAACAAGGAAAAGAGCCCUGGAUGGUUGACAGAGAGCUGACGAGAGGCCUUUGUUCAGAUCUGGAAUCCAUGUGUGAGACCAAGUUACUCUCUCUAAAGAAGAGACAUUUUAGUCAAGUGAUGUUUACCCAUGAAGACAUACCCACUUUUAUUCAGCCCACGUUUCUUAUUCCACAUCAAAAAACUAUUAAUGAAGAGAAGCCCUGUGAAUGUAAAAUAUGUGGAAAGGCCUUUAAUCAAAACUCACACUUUGUUCAACAUCAGAGAAUUCAUUCUGCUGAAAAAAACUAUGAAUGUAAGGAGUGUGGGAAAUCCUUUAGUCGUGGCUCACUUGUUGCUCGACAUCAGAGGAUUCACACUGGUGAAAAACCCUAUGAGUGUAAAGAAUGCGGCAAGGCUUUUAGUUGUAGUUCAUAUUUUUCUCAACAUCAGAGGAUUCACACUGGUGAGAAACCCUAUGAAUGUAAGGAAUGUGGAAAAGCCUUUAAUUAUUGCUCAAACCUUAAUGAUCAUCAGAGAAUUCACACUGGUGAAAAACCCUAUGAAUGUAAAGUAUGUGGAAAAGCUUUUACUAAGAGUUCACAACUUUUUCCACAUCUGAGAAUUCAUACCGGUGAGAAACCUUAUGAAUGUAAGGAAUGUGGGAAAGCCUUUACUCAACAUUCAAGGCUUAUUCAGCACCACAGGAUGCAUACUGGUGAGAAACCUUAUAAGUGUAAGGAAUGUGAGAAGGCCUUUAGUAGUGCCUCAACACUUACUAACCAUCACAGAAUUCAUGCUGGCAAGAAACUCUAUGAAUGUAAAGAAUGUGGAAAGGCCUUUAUUCAGAGCUCAGAACUUAUUCAACAUCAGAGAAUUCAUACAGAUGAAAAACCAUAUGAAUGUAAUGAAUGUGGAAAGGCUUUUAAUAAAGGCUCAAACCUUACUCGACAUCAAAGAAUUCACACUGGUGAGAAACCUUAUGACUGCAAGGAAUGUGGAAAAGCCUUUGGUAGUCGCUCUGACCUCAUCCGCCAUGAAGGAAUUCAUAUUGGAUAAAUGAUAGGCCCUUAUGACUGUAAGUGUGGAAAGGCCUUUGGUAGUCGCUGUGACCUCAUCCACCAUGAAGGAAUUCAUAUUGGAUAAAUGAUAGACCUUUUGAUAACCUUUAUAAUAAUAUAUUUUAAAACAGGUAAUGCAAAAAAUAAACAAAAAAUCCCAGAUAAUGCAUGAUCAAAGUUCCUCUCUGUAGUAGUUUUCUAGGGCUACUAUAACAAAGUACCAAGUACCACAAAACUAGGUGGCUUAAAACAACAGAAACUUAUUCUCUCAGUUUUUGAGCCUUAAAAACCACAAUCAAAGUUGUUGGCAAGGUUGGUUCCUUCUGGGGCUCUGAGGAAGAAUCUGUUCCAUGCCCUUCUCCUAGCUUCUUGUAACAGUGAUUUUUGACAUACCUUGGCUUGUAGACUCAUUGCUCCAAUCUCUGCCUCCAUCUCCACACUGUGUUCUCUCUGUGUCUCUUCUCUCAUAUGGACACUGGUCAUAUUGCAUUAGGGAUCACCCUAAGGACCUCAUCUUAACUUGAUUAUAUGUGCAAAGACCUUAUUUCCAUGUAAGAUCACAUUCACAGAUACCAGGUGUUAGGACCUCAGCAUAUUUCAACCCGUUACACUCUGUUAACACUAUUUUUUCUAAAGUAUUUGUAAUUUUAUACAUAAAGUUAAUCAAAUAUAUUUUAAAAUGUGAAUUCAAGGUCUAAAUUAAACUCCCUUUUCCCCCAAAAAAAGAUUCUAUCCCAAAACUACUUAUUCCAUAAUU